AUGUGUCCCGGGUUCAGAGAGGGGCGCAGGUGUGAGUGUUUGCGGUAAAGAGCAAACAUUAGGUGUUAUUUAGAGGAACAUUUCCAGUGAGAAGAGAUUAUACAAGGGUUUAUUGCUUCUACAGACACAGACCUUUGAUCACGACUCAGCCAAGAGACAUUCAACUGUAUAUACCUACCUGUUCACUUACCUCAUGGCCCACUGACUCCCAGUACACAUCAGUUAAUCAUUUACUCCUGAUGGGCUUUGUUAUGGCAAUGGAUCAAUACCGGACAUAUGCAAACACACACAAACAGACGGACUGGUACACAUCACAGGACAUGCAGCUACAUAUGGUGAAGGAGCAGAGAAGGGUUUAGAUUAACCAGCAAGACAUGAUCACUCUGAAGGGAAAGGUAUCCACUUGAGCGGCCGAUGGCUUGGUUCUUCCUUCAUCAUGAUUUCCAUGCCAGGGACUAACACCUCAGGCAACGUCAGCCUGACUUCUGACAGCAGCGAUUCUGCUUUAUUUCAUGCCACCACUGUUAAUGUCUGUGUGCUGUGCCUGCUCCUACCCAUCCCCAUCUUUGCCAUCAUGGGAAAUCUUUUCAUCAUGGCUGCAGUGGCACGCUUCCAACAUCUCCGGACGCCCACCAACGCCUUUGUGGUUUCCCUGGCAGUGGCGGACUUACUGGUUGCUGUGCUGGUGAUGCCUUUCAGUCUGGUGCGUUCCAUCAGCAGCUGGCAUUUCGGGCGCCACUUCUGCCGAGCACACUUCUUGCUGGACGUCACUCUCUGUACAUCCUCCAUUUUUAAUCUCAGCUGUGUGGCACUGGACCGAUACAUAGCAGUGUGCGACCCGCUGCACUACCCUGCCCGAAUGUCUCCCAGACGUGUGGCCAUGCUGCUGCUGCUUUGCUGGAUUCUGCCUGUGGUCAUCUCCUCCCUUUGCGUCUCUCUCGGCAUGUACACUCAGCCGCCUUUUGAUGUGGUAGGCAGCAGCACACAGCAGGAUACUCAAAUGUGUCUGGCCACGUUUCAUGUCCCCUAUGCUUUUGCAACCUCGGCUGUCUCCUUCUUCAUUCCCAUGGGUUUCAUGCUGUUUGCCUACGGGAAAAUCUUCAAGGCCGCCCAGAGACAAGCGAGGUGGAUCCAUGCAAUCGAUCACCAUUCUGGGCACCUUCAGAUGAACCAGAGCCCCACGAGGACUGCUUCCACUAGACGAGACCAGUCUCCUGUGGAAAGAUAUUCUCUGAAGAAGGAACGGAAGGCUGUUAAGACACUGGGGCUGAUCAUGGGGGUCUUCCUAAUCUGUUGGCUUCCUUUCUUCUGUGUGAAUGUGGUCCAUCCUCUGAAGGGCUACAGCACCAGCCCUCUGGUCCUGGAGGCCUCCAUGUGGCUUGGAUAUGCUAACUCUUCUCUGAACCCCUUCCUCUAUGCCUUGUUUAAUAAGAACUACCAUCACAUAUUUGCAGCCAUGUUGGACUGUGGGCUUUUGGGGAGGCACUUAAGAGCCAGUUUGGAUUCCUCACUUUUUGGUAGACAAGCACAUACUGUUGUUACCUUGGAGACCAUUUCAAGAUGAUCAUUGUGUAUUAGCCUGAUAAUGUUAACUUUUAAGUUACUUUGCAUAACCACUCAGUAGCAAGUUACUCAUCUGUUGCACCGACAGACAGAUUUAAGAAUGGUCAAGAUAUCGUGAUAUCUUGACUUUUAGUUCCUAGUGUGGGUCAAACACUUGAGCGUACAUUUCCCACAAUGCAGUUUAAUAGUGUCUUUCAUUAGGAUCUCCAGUCCUGGUAAACGCCCACGUCUUUCAAAAUACACACCUUGAGUUUGUCACGCAUGCUUUCUGUUUUAAACGUAGUUUCAAGGCCAAAACAACCCUGAUGACAUCACCAGGGUUAAUUUUUCAGCCGUUCCAAAGCUCCCUUCUGAAUCACAGAUAUUAUAAUGCUGUUUCAUAGCGUGAGUAAUACUCCUUAUUAGGAAAAGUUUUGUAGCAAUAUAACUGUAUAGAGUGAUGACCUAAAUUAUAUACAACACCAACAUUUAAAGACUAAAAACUGAUGAAAGGUUUAAACACACUUAUUUAACUAAAUAAAUAUAGCUCGUGCCAUCUUUGAGGUGCCAAAGAAAGCACAUUUUGUUGUCACAGAAACUGUUGCUCUACAUGCACUUUCUCAGUGAGUUUGGACGUGGUAGAGUGAUUAGUAGUUAAAUAGACUGGUCAAUAUAUAUAUUAAUUAUUUUGAUCAUUUUUACUAUUUAGUAUUGUAUUUGCCACUGCUGCUGUUAUUCUUUGGUAUUAAGGGAUAAUUCUGGGCCCUAUUUUUUCAUAUCUAAAUGACUAAUAGUUACAAAAGGUUUUAGAAUUGGUCCAGCUGGUUUUUAGUGGAUGUACUUUUGACCAAACGUUUACUUUUAACAGAGUAUUUCUACAUCGCGGUAUUGCCACUUUUGCUUAAGUAAAAGAUAUGAGUAGCCUACUUCUUCAAAACAAUAAAAUAAAAAUCAAGCAUGUAUUUUAUACUUUUAUGCAAAAUACAACACUGUUACUUUUUUUUAAAAAUAUUUCUCUGUGCACUACACUAGACAAACAUUUGAUGUCAAACCAAAAAAGAUAAUAAAGGUCACUCCAGCUCAGGCACUUUCCAGGGACUGAAAGACAAAUAAGAUAAAGGCCUCAUUACCACUGACCAGCUCUGCUGAGACAGACAUUACCUGGCUAAACAGAUAUGCCAGAAGGCAACCUCAGGUCACUCAAAAAGUGUAGGGUCUCUGCUUUGAAGGUAAGUAAAGAUCUUCCUGCUGGCUUCAUUUCCUUUCCUCUUCACCAUGUCGAUGAGGCAGCGUGCCAUAUCUGCACGGGUAUUGUUCUCCCUAAGUAUCGCGUCUUUCUCCCUGCCAUUCAAGACACGAUCUUCUAAAAGGUCAUCCAGCAGAUGUUUGAAAACUUCUGUGGAAAGCGUUUCCACAAUUUUAACACUGGCAAGCUCAUCAUCUAGAAUAAUAACAUUAUCCUCAACAAAUACUCAAUUCUUUGAUGAACAAUGAGCUUAAAAAAGAUCCAUAUGAGCAAAUAUAUUUUUCAGUGAGUUGAGCAUCCUAAUUGAAGUUCUAGCCGCCUCCAUUGUGCAGGGUUAACUGCACAACUCUUAAAAAGAUAUUUAAAAAUCUCAACGGAUAAAACUGAAGACGCACAUUGGACAGUCAAAGUAGAUGUAGCAGGACCAGAGACAUCUUUUUUUAUUCCAAAACCUGGCGCAUACAUUACUCACAAUGCAGCUCAAGAGCCGACAGUUAGGUCAGAGAUUCAUGUGUUAUGUCAAUAGCGACUAAUGUAGCCUCAAGCUCCCAGCUCCCCCACCCCAGAUUAUCAGAUUCCCGCAUCUCCCUCAAAGGUCACAAAAGGCUUUACACAACUUUUUCACUUUCAAGGUUCUGUGAAGAAUACUAUUUCAAUGUAUUAAUGUUUGUGGUGUUUGUGUGUAUUUAACUGAAUUUAUAACAUACCAAGGUGAUCACUGGGUUAGUGAAAGAUCUACUUAUGACUUAUUCAAACAAUUGCAGCUCUUCUAAAUACUCAUUACAUACUCACUAAGUCAUACCUCAACUCAAUCUCACCAGUGCUUUGAUAGUCAUCUGAAAUAAAAAAUUGAAUAAAAAUUA